AUGUUCCAUAUAGACAUCGUCGGUCCUCUGCCACCAUCUGACGGUUAUCGAUAUCUACUCACCUGCAUUGACAGAUUUACUCGUUGGCUUGAAGCUUUUCCCAUUCAGGACAUCUCUGCUGACUCUGUGGCUCGACAAUUCAUCACCGGUUGGAUUGCACGAUUUGGUGUACCAUCAGUUGUGACUACUGAUCAAGGUCAACAAUUCCAGUCACACUUUUUCGCUUCUCUGACUUCUAUGCUUGGAAUACGCCGAAUUCGCACUUCACCAUACCAUUCUUCCGCCAACGGAUUAAAGGAACGCUUACAUCGCGACCUGAAAGCAGCCCUGAAGUGCCGUAAUGGCACCCGUUGGACUACUUCACUUCCUCUUGUGCUUCUUGGUUUGCGUUUUUCUUUCAAGCAAGACCUCGCAGGCACAUCCGCUGAACUUGUCUACGGCACACACCUUCGAUUACCAUCAGAGUUCUUUCAGCCAUCCUCUGCUCCAGUCGAUUCAGCAUCCUUUGUCCAGACUUUCCGAGAGACGAUGAAGAAGCUGUCUCCGAUUCCCACUUCGUGCCACAACAAAUCUGCCCCUUUCGUGCAACGCGCUGAGCACUUGCACUCACGUGUUUGUGCGAAACAACGCGGUCAAACCACCACUCACUUCUCCAUACGAUGGACCCUUCAAGGUCGGUGCACGUAA